AUGCUGAUCUGCAGCCUGCCUGUCAUGUGGACCGCCCAGCAGAGCCGACAGCGCUUUAUGCUGCAGCCCACGUGGGGGCGGGGCUUACCCACAGGCCACGCCCACCAUUCACUAACCACGCCCCUGCCAAGAGCUGUACCAGGAGACCAGAUCCAGAUCCACUCUUGUUCUGGGUUCAGGCUCCAUCAUCGUCUGUGUGAUGUCACAGAGACUCAGCCGGACACCCGAGCUCUGUUGCUGCUCAGUGUGUCCGACUGCUGCUUUUCUCUCUUGCUGGCUGAUCGAGCUGCUCUGUUCUCUCAGCGCUGCAGCAGCCUCAACACACACUGUUACCACCUGCACACCAUCGAACAGAUGCUCUACAUGGCCUCCUUCUUCUACACCCUGAACUAUGUGAGGAGGCUGUACUCAGGGAUCAGACGGACGCUCUGCAGCUGCAGUCACGGACACUCUGUACAGUUUUCUAACAGACUGGACUCGGCUGACAGAAUCAGUGCAGCGCUCUCAUGUCUGUUUCCUGUGCUGCUCAUGACGCCUGUGUUCAUACAAGGACACAUCAGCCAAUGUCAAGCCAACUUCAGCGAGCCGUACAGGUGUCUGCUGAUGCACACCGGAGCACUCUAUUUCACCUCUGAGCAGUACCAGCCAAUCAGAGCCUGCAGACUGCUGCACACCUACUGCAUCGCCAUCUUCCUCGCCACCUUCUCCUUCACACUGCUCAGCAUCAUAGUGCUCAUGGUUAAAGCUCGUCGUAUUCACAGGCGGGUUGUGACAUCACACGGUUACCUGGGCAACCAGCAGCGGGUGUCCCUGCGUGUGAUGGACCGGCGGAUGCUGCUGUACCCGCUGAUCUUCGUCGUCUGCUGGGGUCCAGCGGUGGCGCUGGCAUUUCUUCGUUUGGUCAAACCUUCAGCGGGUCAGGGCGAGGCCGGCGGCGUCCUCUACAUAUCACAGGCGUUCACCUCGGCCUCUCAGGGUUUCCUCAACUGUCUCGUGUACGGAUGGACCCGUGAACGCGUCCGCCGAGCCGGCCUCAGGGCUUUAUCUCGAGACGUGGACACUCAGACGCCUCUGCUGAGGUCACAGAGGAGCAGGAGCUACCAAACUGUGCGCACCGUCGGCUGAAGGAAAGACACGACGAGCUGGAAAAGCUGAGCAGGUGUUUCUGUCAGCGCAGCAAACAGUCAAGAGGAAAGUUUGAACUGUGACUUUGACUGAGGGAAAACACCGUGAUGUCUCUGAGGGGACGAGGACUUCCAGCUCUGGUCAUGAACCACUGAGGCGAGAAAAAGGGAAGAAGACGAAGGAGGGGAGUUCACAGGGAGAGGAGACAUCACAGGUGGUUUAAAGCGCGUCGAAGAGACUCCAGACAUGAAAGUGACAAAACAUUUGAUACAAAUAAGAUGAAGACAUUAACUUAAAGAACUUUGUAGAAAGGCGCUUUUUGCAGUUCAGUCCCUUUCCGUUAUUAGUUACGGGCCGAC